AUGUCUUCUCUGACAGCUGUUCAGGAACAUAACAAUAUAGACACAGAAUAUUGGGUGUUUGGUUAUGGAUCUUUAAUUUGGAAACCACCACCAGUAUACGAGAAAAGGGGCAUGUACGGAGGUUUUGGCAACACCGACCAUCGUGGAACAGAAGAAAACCCUGGUCGUGUUGUCACAUUAAUCCCGUUCGAGGAAUGGAAAUUAAUGGAGGAUUAUCACGAUCACAAGGAUGGCAUCACAUGGGGCGUCGCCUACAAGAUCAAUGAGAACGACGUUGAAGCCAUCAAGGCUUACCUGGAUUAUCGUGAAAAGUGCGGAUAUACGAUACAUUAUGUAGAUGUAUAUCAAUUAGGAAAUGACGAACCUAUAGUCAAAAAUGCUGUUGUAUAUAUUGCAACCACCAAGAACGAGUCAUAUGUUGGACCUGCUUCUUUAGAUGCUAUAGCUCGACAAAUAUUUCUGUCUGUUGGUCCAAGUGGUCCAAACAAAGAAUAUUUGUUUGAUUUAGCCUCUGCACUCAGAGAACUGGCACCAGAUGCACAUGACAGUCACCUAUUCGAUCUUGAAGAUAAA